AUGAUAUUGAGAUCAAUCGGUAGGUUACACGGAGAUUUAAAGCCCGAGAACAUUUUAAUUGAUCCUAGUAUUCAAAUCACAAAUUCUGAUAUGUUUCUUAAUACAGCUAAUCCACAACCAAGAUAUUUACAAGUUAAAUUAAUAGAUUUAGAAUCAGGAAGUAAAUAUUACUCAUGGGGUCAUAAAUUAAUUACGACAAUCUAUUACAGAGCUCCAGAAGUAAUCCUUGGACUUCCAUGGGGCCAUGAAAUAGAUCAAUGGUCGCUAGGAUGCAUUGCAUUUGAGUUAUAUUUCGGAAAAAUUUCAUUUUCUCCAGGAGAAAGUGAAGCAAACCUAUUCGGGAUACAACAUAUGAUAGGGCAGUUCCCAGAAAAGAUGAUAAAUGAGUGCACAAUCCCUAAAUUCAAGAGACUUUUUGAGAAUGGGCUUAUUAACCCAAAAAACAUCAGCACGGAGAGCUAUGAGGCAUUAGUAGGCUGCACUCCAUUAUACAAACUCGAAAUGGACUCUGAUUUGAAAGAUUUGAUUUUGAAACUUUUAUCAUUUGACCCAUUUCACAGGCCAUCACUUGAUGAAAUACUUAAUCAUCCAUUUUUGGUGCCAAAGGAUUAA